CGAACAAGUCCGGGAGCUGUAUGAAGAGCAGCCAAGGGACUUGGGAAGGAAUCCGGGGAGACGUAAAGCUAAGACUCCAAUGAUCGAAGAUUAGGCGCAUAUAUCCUAUGCAAUGCAGUCAGCAAGCCCACCUCAUCUAAAAUUCCAAAUAGCUUCAAAAUUCCAUGUACCUUUGCAGUGGUCUUCACACAUGCCGCUCCCAGGUCCCAUAAUUCGGCCCUGCUCUGGUUCCACAAAGCUAGCCACUAGCCUUUGCGGGGGUGAAUUAAUGACGUGUUUGUGAACACAGCAUAUCUAUUUCUUCCAUCCGUCCCGAGAACAACCAAAAAUCCCACUUCCCACCAAUGUACCACUCACACAUCACCUCUAAACUCCAACCACCACUCCAAACCCCUCCAAAAACCCCAAAAUGCCCCCAAUAACCCUCUGGUUCCUCCAAGCCUCCCGCUCCAUCCGCACCGCCUGGCUCCUCGAAGAGCUGCAGCUCCCCUACACCGUCAAAUUCUUCGACCGCACCCCAGAAGGCAAAGCGCCGCAAUCCCUCAAAGAAGCCGCCGGGAGCCCCCUCGGCAAAGCGCCCACGAUCCAAGACGGCGACCUCACAAUCUACGAAAGCGGCGCGAUCACCGAAUACCUAUGCGAGAAAUACGAUAAAGAGAAUAGGCUGAUCCCGUCGAGCGUCAACGAGCCCGCCCGCGUAAAAGUCCAGCAAUGGAUCCACGCCUCCGAAGCGACGUUCGCGCUGCACGGCAUCGCGGUGCUCUAUGCACGGUGGACGCUGCCCGAGGCGGUGAAGGCGGAUGGCAGGACGCUGGAGGCGAUGGAGGCGCAGAUGGCGGGGAACGUGCAGAAUGAUAUCGAUUGGCUGGAGGCGGAAUUGAAGGCGAGUAAGGGGAGGUUUUUGCUGGGGGACGAGGUAACGGCGGCGGAUAUUAUGAUGCAUUUUUCGCUGAGCUUUAUCCUGGCGCGGCAGCUGGGGACUAAGGGGAGGAGCUGGCCGGCGGUGGAGAAGUGGUUGGGGGAUUGUGAAGGGACGGAGGGGUUUAGGCGGGCGGUGGGGAAGACAGGGCAUAAGAUGUAGGGGGGUGUUGGGGGUUGCUGAUAUAGGAGGAGGGUUGAUGCUAGAGCUGAGGAUUGUCUGGAUCGAUAGGGCUACUCAUAAACAGUA